AUGUCUUGGAACGAAAUUGUUGAGAGCAUUCUUAAGUACAAUGGCGCUUCCUGUGCCUGCCUUGCUGGCAUUGAUGGGAACAUCUGGGCCUCUUCUCCCGACUUUAAGCCCACUCAAGCCGAGAUUCUCAAGAUGAUUAAAGUGGCUUCCGGUACAGAGGCCGAGUCCUUCACGGUUAAUGGCAAAAAAGUCAUCACAGUGAAGUGUGGUGAUAAUGAGCUUUCUGCUACCGGCAAUGACUAUGCCGUUGAUGUUCGAGUGCUUAAAACCAUGGUUAUCAUUACGGGGAACUCGAAGCCCAAAGAUAUCCCUGGCGUUAAUCGCCUUCUCGCUACUGCUGGUAAUGCAAUGGCCGAGCACCUCUCCCACUCCGGAUAUUAA